UCGUCAGCCAUAUUGACUGUCUGUACCUCUUCUCCGGUCGUGGGAGCCUGGCGGAGGAGUCUCCGGCAGCUACCGAAGCCUGUAUCGGUGCUCACUCUGGGCACGCACCGUGUCCGGUAAACAGGCGCAGAGGACGGGAAGGUGAACCGCUCUAUUUUUACUCGCUGGUGGAUAUAUAAAGUAGUGCUGCCGGCUGGAGGAGGGGUGACAGUUGGACACAUCCUCAGCGCAGCCGGGCGUUAGAGGCGCUGCUGCCCCGGAGGGAGGCCAGAAGACAGAAGACGACUUCUUUCGUCUUUUUUUUUUAGCUACAGGGGACGGGCAGAGAGAGGAGAAAGAUGCCCAAACCGAUCAAUGUGCGCGUCACCACCAUGGACGCUGAGCUGGAGUUUGCCAUCCAGCCCAACACGACAGGCAAACAGCUCUUUGAUCAGGUGGUGAAGACGGUGGGUCUGAGGGAGGUCUGGUUCUUCGGCCUGCAGUACACAGACAGUAAAGGCUACACCACGUGGCUCAAACUCAACAAGAAGGUGACGCAGCAGGAUGUGAAGAAGGAGAAUCCUCUGCAGUUUAAGUUCAGAGCAAAGUUCUUCCCGGAAGAUGUUUCUGAGGAACUCAUCCAGGAGAUCACACAGAAACUCUUUUUCCUGCAGGUGAAGGAGGCCAUUCUGAAUGAUGAGAACUACUGUCCCCCAGAGACUGCAGUGUUGGUGGCCUCCUACGCCGUCCAGGCCAAGUAUGGAGAUUACAACAAAGACCUUCACAAGCCUGGCUACCUGGCCUCAGAUCGGCUACUGCCACAGAGAGUCCUAGAGCAACACAAGCUGACGAAGGAGCAGUGGGAGGACAGAAUACAGACGUGGCACGAGGAACACAGAAGCAUGCUCAGGGAGGAUGCGAUGAUGGAGUACCUGAAGAUAGCUCAGGACCUGGAGAUGUACGGUGUCAACUACUUUGAAAUUAAAAACAAGAAGGGCACAGAGCUGUGGCUGGGGGUCGACGCCCUAGGACUCAACAUCUAUGAGCAUGAAGACAAGUUGUCACCAAAGAUCGGCUUUCCCUGGAGUGAGAUCAGAAACAUUUCCUUCAGUGACAAGAAGUUUGUCAUCAAGCCCAUCGACAAGAAAGCUCCAGACUUUGUGUUCUACGCCCCUCGGUUGCGGAUCAACAAGCGUAUCCUGGCGUUAUGUAUGGGCAACCAUGAGCUGUACAUGAGGAGGAGGAAGCCCGACACCAUCGAGGUGCAGCAGAUGAAGGCUCAGGCCAGAGAGGAGAAGCACCACAAACAGAUGGAGAGGGCGCAGCUUGAGAACGAGAAGAAGAAGCGUGAGCAUGCGGAGAAGGAGAAGGAGCGGAUAGAGCGAGAGAAGGACGAGCUGAUCGAGAGGCUGAGGCAGAUCGAAGAGCAGACGCACAGAGCUCAGAAAGAGCUUGAGGAGCAGACUCGCAGGGCACUGGAGUUGGAGCAGGAGAGGAAGCGGGCAAAGGAGGAGGCAGAGCGGCUGGAGAAGGAGAGGCAAGCGGCCGAGGAGGCCAAGGCAGCGCUCGCUCAGCAAGCUGCAGACCAGAUGAAGAACCAGGAGCAACUGGCUGCUGAGUUAGCAGAGUUCACCGCCAAAAUCGCCCUGCUUGAGGAGGCCAAGAGGAAAAAGGAAGAUGAGGCAACGGAAUGGCAACACAAAGCUCUGUCAGCACAAGACGACCUGGAGAAAACCAGGGAGGAGCUAAAAACGGCCAUGAUGGCCCCGCCGGCGCCAGAACACGAUGAGCAGGACGAAGCAAGCGAGGCAAGCGCCGAGCUGCUCAGUGAGGGCGUGACCAGCCAUCGCAGUGAAGAGGAACGAAUGACCGAGGCGCAGAAGAAUGAUCGUGUCAAGAAACAGUUACAGGCCCUGAGUUCAGAGUUGGCCGAGGCCCGGGAUGAUACGAAGAAAACCCAGAACGACAUGUUGCACGCCGAGAACGUCAGAGCGGGCAGAGACAAGUACAAAACCCUGCGUCAGAUCCGCCAGGGCAACACCAAGCAGCGUAUUGAUGAGUUUGAGUCCAUGUGAGCCGGGAUGAAGGGUGGACACAACGAUGAAGAGAGACAGUUUGUCUCGUUGCCAUGUCAACGCCUCACUUUCCUUGUAAAGCCCAAAAACCUGCUGCCACCCCAGGAACUCCUGCUUUUUUUUCUACCCCAGGAGAAAAAAAACGGCUAACGGGCUUUGUAGCUUCAGCCUCGCCAAAGCUCUGCCUAGCAGCGUUUGGUCAAUCACACUGCUACCUGCUUUUAAGAGCUCCGCCCCCUCCCACCACCCCAACAAAGCACACGUCUUUUAAUCUGUCAGAAAAAGAGCAAGCAGCAUACCCUGUCAAACAUGGACCUCUCCCUUCUCCAACACUGACAGUUUUAAUGCUUGCAUGUAUAGUAAUUAAACAACAGGGCCAUCAGACAAAACGACAAAAUGACUGGACAGAAUUGGCCGAUAUCGUGCUUUUACGCAACAAAAUAAAAUGGCCAUUUGUAGCUCGUCGACGUUGCCAGCACGCUUGUCCGUAAAGCUUUAAUAUCUGUACCUUACUUUCACUUCUUUUGUCAUCAGUUGAACAAUUUAAAUAAUUUGUUUAAAAAAAAAAAA